CCAGGUGCGCCCCUCACCAGCCGGCACUGCGCCGUCGUCGACGCGCGUCCACGCUCCGGCACCGUCGUCGUCGUCCUCGCGUCGCCCAGGUCAGGUCCUGCGGCGCGACGAGCUGGAGCAGUGCCCACGUCCGUCUGCACUGACCAGUGUCUGACGGACAGCAGGUGGCCCCCUGGCUGCGCCCCGCUCGCCCCGCUCGCUCCGCGGCCCUGCAGGUCCCGCCUCCGGAGCGCGGCGCUGCUGCCAUUUCGGAGCGGACGCAGCCCCUUGUCGGACGCGCCUCUCCCGCAGCUGGACUUUUGCCUUCCACACUACCUCUCCUCCUCAUCCUCCUCCUCCUCCUCCUCCUCAUCCUCAUCAUCUUCCUCCUCAUCAUCAUCCUCCUCCUCCUCCUCCUCCGCCGGCCGACAGAAGUUCAGUCGCGAGGAUGAGUGUCGCGGUGGCCGAGGGCUGCUUUCUGUCCGCCCUGCAGCCCAACUCCUCCCGCACCGCCUACAUGGUGCCCUCGGACGGCCCGUGUCCGGACCCGGUGGCCAAAGCCAGGAGGGUCCAGGAGCAGGUCCGGAUGCGGCUGGCCGAGAAGAAGACGUCCUCCCUGACCAGACUGGACGACCCUCCGCCCGGACCGACAGAUUACAGCUUUCCUGAGGCAAAGAGCUACAGCCACAGCCAUGGUUUCAGUUCCAGGUCCUUGAUACACACACCUAGCCGCAUCAUGGCCGUUCCCACGGUACCCCUUCACUCCUCCGGUUUCUCCUCUCGCUCUGCUGUGGAAACGAGCUCCAAGGUGAGCCAUAGAGGAACCAGCACGGUACAGGGCAACCUCCAGCCCAUGCAGGCACACACGAGAAGCAGGCGCUCAAGGUCACUGUGCCAGGCUGACAUGCCGCUCACUGUGGUGGUUCCCCCAGAGGUUGCCUCUUUCCCAGUCACCGUGCCUCCCCCAGGCACCCUAAGGCGCAGCCUCAGCGGGAUACUGGCCCAGGAGAGAGGCUACUUUCAGGAGGAGCCGCCGUAUCAGUCCACCUACAAAGGCCCGUCCCACCGCACCAUCAGCCGCAUCACCAACCGACAGCAGCACUACCAGCAGCAGGGCUGUGCCUUUGAGAAGGAGGGCUGGUUGGGCACUGGCAGGGGGGUCCCCAUGGCAGGGGAUGGCUGGGGAACACAGUGGCAGCAGCAUGUGUCCAGGACCAACAAUGUCAUGGGGACAGCGCAGUACCAAGUCCCCCUCAAACGGACUUCCUCAGUCCGCAGUGUGAGGAGCGUUGGGAAAGGAGUGGAUGUCAUGGAAGGAGCAUCAAUACACAGCAAUGACCCACUGGCAGAGAUGCAGGGUCUGGACAUGGCCACAGCGAUCAGAUAUCUGUCUGAAUCGGACACUGCCCUGCAAGUUCUGGGAGCUGCAUACAUACAACACCAAUGUUACCAUAGCAACGAUGCAAAACACCAGGUGCGUGUGCUAUACGGCAUUCCAGCUCUGGUUCAGCUCUUCGCCAGCGACAACCAGGAAGUGCAGCGUUAUGCCACUGGUGCCACGCGCAACCUCAUCUACGAGAACUCUGACAACAAGGUGGCGCUCAUAGACGCCGGUGGCCUGGCGCGUCUCGUCAGCAUCCUGAGCGAGCAAGACGAGGAGCUCCGAAAGAUCGUCACAGGUGUCCUAUGGAAUAUGUCCUCCAGAGACAACCUUAAAGAAAAGCUGUCCAAAGAGGCUUUAUCUGAGCUGACAGAAAAAGUUCUGAUCCCUCUGUGCAGCAGCCUUCCACUCUGCUCCUCUGAGAGAGACAUCUUCUACAACACCACCGGCUGCCUCAGGAACUUGAGCUCAGUAAAUGAAAGGACGAGACAGAAGAUGAGAGAUAUGCGAGGCCUGGUGGAAUCUCUGGUGUCCUACAUUCAACAAGAGGACAUAGCUGAAGACAAGGGUUUGGAGAAUUCAUUGUGUGUGAUGAGGAAUCUUUCCUACCAGCUGUACACAGAGCUUCCCCCCUCAGUCCGACUGCGCCUGGAGGGCCCAACGAGAGCUUCUGGCUCCAGGGACACUGACACCAUGGGCUGCUUUACUAUGUAUAACAAAAAAAAUACUGAGCAGCGUAACCUAAAUCUGACCGUACUGUCUGAGGUGUCUCGGCAACCUAAAGGGGCUGAGUGGCUGUGGCACCCUAAGGUGGUGGCACUGUACAAGGCUGUUCUCCAAAACAGGCACAUCAGCUCCACCAGCCGUGAGGCUGCCAUAGGGGCCCUGCAAAAUAUCACUUCGGGAGAGGCCUGGUGGUCAUCGGUGAUGAGUGGGGUGGUGACGGAGCAGGAGAGGAUGCUGCCCAUCCUGCUGGAUCUGUUGGACACCGACAGUGACAUGGAGCUGAGACCUUUGACUGGCCUGCUGAGAAAUCUGUCCAGACACUCCACCAACAAAGACCACAUGGCUAAGAACAUGGUGAAUGUUCUUGUGUCCAAGCUGCCCUGUGAUGGCCUUCAGACAUCGCCGUCCAGCGAGGUGGUGGCCAACAUGUGUGGAGCCCUCAAUCACCUGGUCACUUGCAGUUCGGUGGCAGCACGUGACAUCUCGUAUUUCAACGGCCUACCAAAACUGGUGGGCAUUAAGACAUUCCACGACAACAGCUCUGGGAGUGUAAAAGCUGCCAGAGCGGCCUCAACGGUCCUCUACAACAUGUUCCAGUACAACAAGCUGCACAAAGACUACAAACUGAAAGGAUUUGCCAGACGGGACUUCACAGAUGCCACCAUCUAGACUGCCACAUGUUACAUUGACCUGUGGAAGUUGCAGUGAGGAAAAGAAGAGGAACAGCUUUAAUGGGCAGUUCAUCUUGCUGUGACUCACAGGAAAGAAGAACAAUGGAAAGAUGGACUUUUGGGUUGCCGUCUUUGAAAUGGUUGUGAACUUGGCUUAGCUUGUAGCAGAUAGGCUUUGAUGACAGAAACGUAAUGUUAGCCACAAAAAAGUAAACCAACCGCAAAAUAGACUGUUUGUAUUAGGGUUUGACUGAUAAGGGUUUUUGACACUGACACUGAUUCCUAUUGUUUUGGACUGGUGUUGCUGUUAGCUAAUAUUACAGUUUUAAAUAGACAUACUUCCAGGGCCCGUCGCACCUUGUGUAAGUAUGGAAAUAUUGAAAUGCUGAAACUGAAGAACCAUAUACUCUUUUAUGUGACUCAGAGCUCAGAGGUCCAGGCAGCGCUUAGAAGACAGAGCAAAACUAUUACCCCAGGAGUUCACCAGAAAUUAUAUACAGGGAGAUUUAUUCGGGUUAAUGGGCAAUAUGUAAGUUUUUAAGAUUAAAACGUUCAAUGAGUAACUAAGAUUAUCAACUGAAUGCCAUGAGUUAGAUUUUCUUCAGAAACCUACUGACAACAAGUCCUCCAAGUCAUACGACGAACUAUGUCGCAUGUGUUUCAUGUGCUCUCAUGCGACCAAAUCAACCGUUUCCUAAAUAAGUGUCUCUACCGAUGACAGGGCUACAAAUUCCUUUUGCCUCAGAGCGUUGUGGGGUUUUAUUUGAUUUACCAACGCAUUGCUGAUGAGCUUGUAGUUAGGGUUAGGGUGAUGGUUAUAGUUAGGGUUAGGGUGACAUUUCAGAGAAUCAGGACGUUUCCUUUUACAGAAUAUCAGACAUAUCCAUUGAAAUACACAAACUUGACAGACUUACCAGGUCCACCACUGUCCUCUAGUGGCCCUGUGCGGAACAGGCGCAGGUGGAUGACGGUCUCCUACUGAAGUUAGCAUGCUUACCUGCAGAUCACAAUACCACUUUGUACCUCAAGAGGCAAUAGUGACUCACUGUAACGCCCCAGUCUAAGCUCAGGCCGACAUGAAUAAAGAAGCAGCCGUCCUCUCUCAGCAACUCAUUGAAUUCCCGACCCAUGCAGGUUGGGUGAUGUGCCAGCAACUAUCCUACACCGAGGUUAGAUUUAUUCAAGCUAACCUUGGAUUAACGUGAGGUUGAGGGUUAACUUGGAUUUUAUUGGCUCUCGUGCUCACCCUGAAUGACAGGAAGAGCUGGUAAAAACUUUUGUCGGUCCAUUUGCUCACAAAUGGAGCGGCCAACCGGGAUUUGUCCCAGUAUGCCCGAUGGCCCGCCUGACUAUGGCACAGGGGAAGGAGGAGUAGAGAUCACAGAGUGUGUUUCUUUGUUUUUAUGAAAGGGUCAAUUUGCUGCCCCGUUUGUUUGGAAUAGGAACAAUUCCACAGUCAAUUCCUACAAAUCGCCCCUUUAAUUUUGACUUUUAAAUAUAUUUUUUUAAAGCAAUUAAUUUUUCUGUGUAUUAUUAAACAGUGUGUUAGCUGCAUGAACAGUCAACAGAACGGAUAUUUACCCAACAGUAACAGUGUAUGCCAUCUGUUGUAAAUGUGUGGAGAUUAGCCAGGAUAUUCGAUUCCCAGUCCUGCCCUGACUCUGACAAUGACCAGGUCAAAAUGUUCCUUUGUCCACGGGUAUAUGAUCAAACUCAUGCAGAACUAAUGGCUGUUCAAUCAAACCAGGGGUAUUUAGAUGACGUGCAGUAUGAACAAAUCUUUAUGAAUGAAUUUGAAAAUGACUUUACUGAAUCACCAUGGUGUCUGGUGUCCGAUAGCACUUGUCAGCUCAGCUGUGAGUUCCAGUUACUUUCCUGUUAAUUGUACACUAAAAGACAACAGAAACAAUUAUAAUUUGAUUUGUCAGAAAUAAUAGGCUGUUGAGAAAUUAGCCUUAUGUACAGCAUUAAUAAUUUGUAGGCUGGUUUUAAACUGAACUGAACACGAGAGUUUGGUUUAGCAACAGACUAAACACACUACUGAAGACAGUCUGAAUCCACACUGAACAUCGGACUGUGUGAACGUUAACACAUUCACAUUGUGUUGUACACAUACUGAAGAGCCUUUGAUUGGUUUAGGGGAAAAGGGGAACAUCUUACACAGUGGGUGACUGCGCAUUCAGUUCCAUCCCCUAAACCGCCUCAGCCUUACUUCACACGUAGGACAGAGCGUGAUGGGUGAACAGUAACAGUAGGGAGGACAGGCAGGAAUUUCUGUGGGAGGGAGCACUGUAUCCUUCCGACCGGGAGUUUAUCUGACGGAGGGUACAAAGAAGCCUCCCCACUAUCAACUAGCAGGGAGUAAGGAAGGGCCACGGCCCGACUGGAGAAUGACGGUCCUGGAUCUGCAGUGGGAAAAACAGAAGAGAGGGCUUCAAUAUUAAGAUCACCCACCACCAUGAACAAAAUAUUGAAUAUUGAGUUUCAUUACACUGCUACAUCCAUUUUCUUCCCCUCAGUUUCCGUAGCAUCAAGCAGGUCAAGCUGUACUGAGAAGAUAUGGAUAGUAAAGUAGAUCAGAGAGAAUCUUAUUAUUUUGGAUGUAUUCAAUUGUUAUAACAGUGUUUUACUUUCACUCGUAAAUUGCAUCUUUUGUAAUCCACUUGUGCCGGCUUGUUUACUGGUUUUAACUUUCUUUGCUACAGAGGCCUAUAUAGCAUUCAACAAUCAGAGUUUGAAUAUGUUGUACGUUUUUUCCAAAUAAAGUCUUUUGGAAAUUUGGUCCAAUGCUUUUGGAGAUGUGCUUGUCGAGACAGUCGUCUCAGCAGCUCGCAGUCCAGCUCCCGUGAGGACGGGGCUGGUCGAUGAGAGUCUUAUCUCAAAAAGCCCUUCAGUGCUUUACUGCUGGCUUUACUGUCUGUAGCAUUUUAAUGUAUCAUGUAAUUCCUUUUGUAACAUAAAAUUUGGUCUCAGGCUUGAAAUAAAUUUGUUGCUGCCAGUUUGUCUGAAGGUA